AUAGAGUGCAUGAAAGAAGGGAAGUUGAAGUGAAAGUAAAUUCCAGAAGACAAUAAGUAGAGAGAGAUAUGUAUGUAUUGUUGUGAGUGAAAUCAAUGGGGUUAGGAUCGGUAUUGGCUUACACAUUCAUAGCUGUUGUGAUUCUCUUAUUCCUCUCUUCCCACUCUCCCCUCAACAACUACAACCACUCCGACUCCUCCCACCGUCACCGCCGUCUCAAACUCCGUUCCAACUUCACUCUCUCUCCUUCCCACCACCAACCCGUCCCCUUCGACCCUCUCCUCGCCGAACUCGAACGCCACCGCGAAGACAAACAAUGGGAACAACAACACUCCCCCUCCGCUCCCGCUCACGAGUCUCAACCUGAAUGGGAAGACUUCAUGAACGCCGAAGACUUCAUCAAUGAUGAGGAUAAGUUCAAUGUUACCUCUAGGCUUUUCCUUCUUUUCCCUAAGAUCGAUGUGGACCCCACCGAUUCUUUUAUUUCGCUUCACGAGUUGACUCACUGGAAUCUCCAACAAGCUCAUCGAGAGGUUUUGCAUCGUUCUCAGAGGGAAAUGGAACUUCAUGAUAAGAAUCAUGAUGGUUUCGUUUCCUUCUCUGAAUACGAUCCUCCUAGUUGGGUUAAAUCUGCAGAUAAUGAUUCUUUCGGUUAUGACAUGGGUUGGUGGAAAGAAGAGCAUUUUAAUGCAUCUGAUGCAGAUGGAGACGGUGUUCUGAACUUAACCGAGUUCAAUGACUUUCUGCACCCGGCUGAUAGCACCAAUCGAAAGCUUCAACAAUGGUUAUGCAGGGAGGAAAUCAGAGAAAGAGACACAGACAGAGAUGGGAAGGUCAACUUCAAAGAAUUUUUCCAUGGGCUCUUUGAUUUGGUAAGAAACUAUGAUGAAGAAAGUCACAAUGAUUCCCAUCAUUCUGAUAAUUCAAUGGAUGUUCCAGCUAGAAAACUGUUUGCACAACUUGACCAAGAUGGAGACGGGUAUUUGUCAGAUAUUGAACUACUGCCUAUAAUUGGGAAACUCCAUCCAUCCGAGCAUUAUUAUGCAAAACAACAAGCAGAAUAUAUCAUUUCACAGGCAGAUGUUGACAAAGAUGGGCGCCUCACUUUGCCUGAGAUGAUUGAGAAUCCAUAUGUAUUUUAUAGUGCUAUUUUCAAUGACGAUGAAGAUGAAUAUAAUGAUUACCACGACGAGUUCCGAUAAAUUCACAUUAGGAUAAACACAAAAGCUUGAAACAUUUCAGUAACAAGGAGUCCGAGGUUAUGAGAUGGCAGAAUUUUGAUGUUUUGGCCCUUAUUAGGUUGCUAGUCUCAAUCCUGGUGUGGUUUGUGGGGUGGCAACAUUUAUUGCUUCUUUCCAUUCAUUAUCUGCGAGUUCUUAUUUGCUGAUAGGAUCCACCGUGGCUUGUCAUGGAGUCACACCUGGAUCAUCUGGAGGAUAAUAGGAUCUAAACUUCAUUGUAAUUUGUAAAAUUAGAAUGAUAUAUACAGAUAUUCAAAUCACUGAUUGACCCAUCAUUAUUUAAGUAUUGCCCGUCAAUUCUCAAUGGAUAAUACAUGUACCAUAUAACUGUAAUGACCAUCACGAUCCUAGUUGGACUUCAAUAUUUUUAGUACCCCAA